AUGAUAAGUCCUACCAAAUCACCUGGCAAAUCUAGAGGAAAAAGGAGGUGUGUAUUGAAUAACGCUUUUAAUCUUAAUGCAUUGGGAUUUAAUCACAUUGCUUUAGAAUGUCGGUAGACGAUGCUACCGCUGUGGUAGUUUCCAAACUCCACGCGGCCAUGGAUAAGUUGGAUACACUUUGGAAUAAGGUUUCAUUGGAUCAGGGGGCGCGAGAACUUCGCAUUCAAGCAGCCCAUGAACAUUUCUUCUCUCUUUUGGAUGAUAUUGUAAGUCCUGUUUUUCCGUUUUUUAUUGAGUAUUUUAGGUUGAAAGCGAAGAAGAAAUGGUAAAGGGUGUCGAAACAGACAUCAAGUCAGCUCUGACAAUGAACAAUUCUAUCAGGGAAGAACUUCACGAACCAGAAUUUAGAGUGAAAGAUUACAAACCUUUGUCUGUUGCUCUUCUUAAGGCUCUAAGAAAGGACUUGGAGAAGUUGAAGGUCUUGAAGGAUAGGAAGAUGGCCAAACAGCUUAGCGUAUACGACGAGUUAGCUCAAAUCUGCAACAACCUAGAUGAAGAGGUUCCUGUAUUUGAGGGAGUCGAGGAUAGAGUGAGUUUCAGAUUACCCUUGUAUUAUUUUUCUUUAGAUUUUGUCUCCAGAAAUUGUUGAAAGCAUUAUCGAGUUGAAGAAAGAGAAAAAAAAAUUGCUGGAGCAGCGAUUGCAGGAACUUGUCUUGCUUCAAAACAAGGCUAACAAGAUGAACCAAGUGGUCAAGAAUAUUUCUUUGGAAGAAUUUGAGAAGGAAUUGUUGAGUUUGGACUUCCAAUCGAAGCAUCGAGUUCCUUUAAGCGAAACAUACAUUUCACAGUUUGAGAAUCUGCUACAGAAGGUAGCACCUGUUUUUUUGCAAAAUAAUAAUAGUUUAGUUUGAAAAUGAAUAUCAAAAGUGGCUCGAGACAAUCGAGUUCGAAUAUGCGGAGAUCUAUGAAGAGCUGAAGGAGCUGUCCCAGAAGUGUUAUGCUCGAGAAGUCAUCGAUGCGUAUGACGCGGAAUUUUUGCCUGGUAAAUCAAUAGUCUUUUCUAUAUAUUUUUUAGAAAACCACACCGAUGAUGAUUUAAACAAGAUGCGAGUCGAUUUGGAACGACUCAGGGAAAGAUAUGAGACAGGCAAACCCAUUUACGACAAGUUUUAUGAAUGGUUCAACACUUUCGAGUCAUUGGAAGCAUUGGAAGAAGAGAUGAAGACUGAGGCUUACAGGAAAAACCGAGGUGGAUGUUUGAAUCGAGCUCUGAAACAACAGAAGAUCCUGAAGAUAAAGUUGAACAAGGUAUUGGAAGAACUGCAAGUUCAGAGUGAGAAUUCCCCAAGUGUCACAUUAAAUGGCAUGCCGGCCUUUGACUUUGUCCAAGACUUAAUUUCAAAGAAGGGGGCGGAAAAAGAAAAUGAAAAGGUUGUCAAGGUGGGUAUUACUUUUGAAUAUGGAUUUUGCGAUUGUAGAAGAAAACUCGUGAAGAACAGCUGAAAAUGGAACAAAGAUUCGGAAGUUCUUAUAGUCCUCAGAAAGUGCAAUCCCCCAGGAAAAGGUUGCAGACGCCUCAAACAGUUGGAGUAAUUCGCGCGAAAAAAAGGAGAUCCUCGAGUGUCUCUGCUAUUGAACCGAUCUCCAAGGUAACAUUCGUCCAUUCUGCCUGAACAUAAGUUUUGUUUUAGACUCCAGGGCCGAUGUCUUCCUCGCCCAAACCCACCUAUAUUACACCUUCUCGAACCCCCUCUCGGCUGAUUGCCCCAAAAAACUUUAGAUCUGCACGUCGAUAG